AUGAAAACCAAAAAGAAACUCAGACUUCAUUUAUCAACACCAAUAGUUAAUAAUUGUAAAAUAUAUGAAUCUAAUGAUGAUGAUAUUAGAGAGGUUUGUGAUUAUAGUGAAUAUAAUAGUAGCACUGGAAUAGAUUCCACAUCAGAAGAAAUAGAUAUGCAAUCAGAUGAUGAUGAUGAAAUUGAAAUCACAAGAGAAGGAGAACGUUGGAAUUCUAUCAUAAAUGAAUGGAUAAUAAUGGUUCAACAAGAAAAUCAAUUUCAUGAUGAUGAUGAAUACAUGUAUUCUUCAGAAUUGGAAAUAGGGUUUGAAUUAGAAAUUCAACGGUCCAAACGGUCUUUGGUACCUAAUACCGGGCCGACUCGAUCCACGGUCCAUUCAGUCUGGACCGGACCGUUAACAUCUAUUCAAUAUAUAGGCGUAUAA